UUGUACUCCGGUAGCAUAAUCGGGAUACACCAGUCGGCGAUCCACACUUGAAAUCCGCAAUGGGUGCACUUUUUGAUUCCUUAUAGAGACUCCCCCUGCUACAGAAGCCGUGUCCCAGUGAGUGGUUUGCACUGCUUUGAAAGUCUUCUAUAAUGGCUCUGCAUUGCAGGGACAGCACUGAAAAGAUGCUGCCACACCCAUGGUCACCAGCCGAUGCUCUAAUUCCCCCUAUUCCUCCACCACUACCACCUCCCAUAUGUCCUACCAUACCAGUGAAAAAGAAACUGUACCAGGCUUUGGCUGAAGGAAGAACUGCUGUGGCUGGAGACUAUGAAGAAGCGUGCAGUUUGUUCAAAAGCAGAGAACACAGUUUCAGAAAAGAUCUGGAAUGGCUGCUGUUUAAUAAAUACGUGCCGUCGCUAAUCCAAGAUGGACCUCAAUGUGGACUCGUGGCGUUGUGGAUGGCUGGACAUCGCCUGAACCCAGAAGGCAGUGUCACUUUAGAGACGAUUGUUCAUACAGCUGUAAAGAGAGGAUACACAGCCCAAGGGGAAAUGUUUUCAGCUUCCAACAUGGCUCUCUUGGCAGAAGAGCUGUACCACUGUCAGGCACAUCUGAUGUCUUGGGGAGCAGAAAAAGAAAUUAGUGAAAAAAUUGUCCACCAUCUUGUGGCUGGCUUACCUGUCCUUAUUCCCUAUGAUGAAGACUUCAACCAUGAACCGUGUCAGAAGAAUGGGCACAGGGCCCACUGGGCUGCAGCAUCAGGAGUCUUGCUGGGAGUGAACACAAACAAACUGCAAGGAUCAUUCCGGACAGAAAGCCUUGUACAAGGGCUGUUUUACCUGCCAAAAGGAAUCCCCGGCCCCGGGUGGCCCCCAAUGGAGGCAGUGCAGGAGGUUUACCUGCUGGCAAAGCAGGGCAAGAGCCUUAAGUAUCAGCUCUGGGAGCUUGGCGCACUUAGGGGCAGCAACCAGCAACUAAAGCAGCUGGAUCCAAAGCGCAGCCAAGAUGGCCAACCGUACGUCCUGCCAAAGGGCGGUGUGCAGGCUGGGCUGUGUGGUCAGGUGCUGCUACUGAGGCCAGCCGACUAAGGUUAAGGGAGUGCCAGUCUGCUCUCCAAACGCCCUAAUAAAUGAAGGCACGCUGGCAGUGUGCCAUUUACUGAUGACGUGUAAA